UUCACAUCUGACUACGGUGGCAGUGGCUCUGUUUGUUGCAGUCGGCUACGCCCUGAGGCUCACCAAAAACAGCCACAAAAACAUCCAUUUCCUCUCUAUUGAGAGAUAGGAGGAAAAAACUUCCUUGCAGCAGAGGUUCUGCUUUCCUGCUUCUGCCUUGCACGUCUCUGACAUUUGUAGAAGAACAGGGGCAGCAGAACAGAUUUCCUUGGAAUACACUAGCCUUCCAGGGCUCCUUGGGGAUAAGUGUGCAUUUUUGCUCAGAAUUUGUCUUGGCGUCCAGAAUGAAAUUCUACUGCAUUUGUGGGAUGUUCUGAAUUUGGGCGGCUAUAAACCAAUUUGAGAGCGCUUGCUGCCUGACUCCUAUGCAGAUCUCAGUCUCCUCUCACAGCUGUGCUCCAGAAGGUUGAGGCAAGAGGAACCAUUUGCAGGCAUUUUAGCCUCCGCUGUCCAAGAACGCAACUUUUUGCAGAGUUGGCAAAAAGAAUGAACCUCCUUGUCUUUCAGCUCUUCACCAGCUUGGCUCUGCUCAAAGUGCAAGAAGGUGGAUAAGGCGCCACUUGGAAAAGACAGCAUUCUGGAACCCUUGCUUCCACACUUUUUCUAUGGAUUUCUCCUUCUUUCUGCCUAGCCAUUCUUUAUGCGAUCAGAAACACCCGAGCAACUGACUUUGAGAAUGAAUGGUGAUGUUCUCUAGCCAUUCAUAACAUCAUCCUGUGCCUGCCUUCCAUCUGCAGUCUUAAUUCAAUGUACUGUAGCUGACUGGGACUCUUGGAUCUUCUACAAAGAGAGGCUGCCAGCAGUUGAUGACAGUCAGAUAUGACUGUCCAGAAACUGGUAGCCACAGCUGUGUUGGUAGCUCUGGUCUCACUUAUUCUCAACAACGCCGCUGCCUUUACCCCCAACUGGGUGUAUCAGACCUUGGAGGACGGGCGUAAACGCAGUGUGGGGUUGUGGAAGAUGUGCUGGCUGGCAGAGAAGGGAAGAGGAGGUAUGGGCACAGGUGCCAGGCAUGGGCAAGGGGCGGAGCGUGAAUGUGAAUCCUUGGGCUGGGGUUCGGAGCCAGCUGGGUUCCAAGAAUCUCGUAGCACUGUGAAACUGCAGUUUGACAUGAUGCGGGCCUGUAACAUGAUUGCCACCGUGGCUUUGACAGCUGGUCAGCUCCUCUUCGUGUUGGGAUUGGUAGAUCUGUCCAUAAUCUCCCAGGAUACCCAGUGGUGGGAAGAAGCCAUAGCUGCUGUGUUCCAGCUUGCCAGUUUCGUUCUGGUCAUUGGGCUAGUGACCUUCUAUCGUAUUGGACCCUAUACCAGCCUCUCCUGGUCUUGCUACCUGAACAUUGGGGCUUGUCUUCUGGCCACACUGGCUGCUGCCAUCCUCAUUUGGAACAUCCUUCACCGGCGGGAAGACUGCAUGGCACCUCGAGUCAUUGUUAUCAGCCGCACCCUGACUGCUCGCUUCCGGCGCGGUCUGGAGAAUGACUAUGUUGAGUCACCAUGUUGAGAGUGCAUGGGUGAAAAGGGGGGAGACACUUUCAGAGAAAACGUCUUUCAAAAUGGAUUGCUUUCUAUACAGAUACCAUGUAAUUUAAACACUGAAGAAAAUCACUUUCACUUUUCAAUUAAAGAAGCUAACACUAUUAUUUGGAUGGGUUGUAUCUAUAUACAUGAGUACGUUAUACACCAACUCUCCUCUCUGAUGUACAGUGUAAAAUAUUAACAGCUCAACCAUCCUGAUAGAACUUCAGUCAAAAGUCAGGGAUAUGUAGGGCAGCCACUUAUGUGCCAAACCCCAAGAAAUGCAUCACCAAAAGAGGACAAAGAUUUGUGUAGCAUUUAUGUCUGCUAAUUUAUAUGUAUAGAGGCAAAUUUAAAAAUAAUUACAAUAAUUUAAAUAGAAACACAAUCCAUCUCACCAUAGUGGGGAACAAGAUGGUGAUCUGUGUGCCUGCUUGGUCUGCUGUUCAGGUGCUAACUGUUGAUGGGCAGCAACUUAAAAGCCUUCCCUGUUCUCUCUCCUUAUGGUUCUUUAUCUUUAAACCUGACACAGACCAGAAAGCCUUUCAAACAGAGGACACCUUUAAGUAAAGGACUGUCAUCUGAAAAGUUGGACACAUGGCCACUCUAGGGGGAUUCAAACUGUGACACAGCUACACUAGAUGAGUUUUGUGGGGAUAUGGAAACAGGGAAGGUAAUCCAAUAUUUCAAGCUCAAGCUCAUUUUAGAGAAAGUUGUCCUGCACUCUAAUGACAGAGAAGCAAGCUCAAGGACUUAGUUACAGAAAUUGUCCUUUUUUGGAACCAACAACAUAAGAAGCAUGAAAGAGAAGAUGACAAUUUGCCUUGUGUCACAUUUUCAUCCAUGUCAUACAAUUAAUAAUGCUUUCAUAAAACAUCCUUUAUAUCAAAGAGACAAACAUCCAAAACUGCAGGGGCAUCCAAUUUGGCGGGAACAAUUAUUUCUAUGUCAUAAGUUGGCAAAUGCUACAAACCCCAAAACUACUGGCAUAAUUCUAGCAUUUAUAAGGAAUGGCAACAAGAUAUUUUUUAAAAAGUUUAAGAUUUCAAGCGUCUUCUCUAAAGUAUAUAUUUCAGAACGCUUUGCCUACCAUUAAAUUGUUGAUAAAGGACACCAAAAAACCUAUACCUUGUAACGUGAUCCAUGUACAUAGUUAUGUCAAUAAACAGAGCAAGACUAUUUAGUUCCUGUCUUUAUCACCCCUAAACAAUUUACUCAAUUAAAAAGUGACUACUGGGCAUUUUCAUAUUUGACACUGAUUUACAAGAUUCACUUAUGGGUGUUUAAGAUGCUAAGUCAAAUAUUGAGAUAUAAACUACUGAAUUUAUUUGGAAGCGCAGGUGUUGGGUGGAAAAUACUCUUCAUUGAAUUUACUCAAGAUAAACGUUAUUCUUUCUUUAUCCAAUAGGGGUGCAACAAACUUGCCUUGUAACACUCAAAAAUCUGUUUGAUGUACUACUGAAAUAUUCAUUGUCAAAUGGCCGGAUCCAGGAUACAUGGGAGAGAACAAGGUGGGAGAAGCAGGAAGUGACAUGUAAGUCACGUGAAAUGGUAGAUGAUGCAAUGUUAUCAAAGGCACAGUCACACACACACACACAGAGAGAGAGAGAGAGAGAGAGAGAGAGAGAGAGAGAGAGAGAGAGAGAGAGAGAGAGAGAGAGAUCUGGAUGACAGAGCUGUGAACUUACAUAUUUACUGUCUCUUUCUCAGAGACUUUUUUAAUAUAUCUGUUUGAAAUCUGUGCUUUAAUUUUUGGUUUUCACCAGCUCUCCCCCUCCCCACCCCCCGAUUUCAUUUUCUUCAUGAAGGAAAUCAUCAAGCUGGCUCUUGAAGUUCAUUAUAAUGUAAUUUGGAUGCCAAAUGAGCCACAGCCAGGUUUGUCACUUAAGCCCAAACACUACAGAACAAAUGUGGACAAUUUAAUGCCCAUAGCAUGCAUGCAGUUCUUGAGGAACUGUAUUUUUCAGUCCAUAGAUGAAGACUAGAAUACUGAGAACACCAACUCUUGUUUAAAAAAUAAAGUUUCUAGCUCUAAGUGAUGCAAAUAAUACAUAUCAAUACAUAACGGUACUGAACUCAUUUUUUCUUCAAAACAGCCAUGGGUGUAAAUUCACUCAUCUUUAGGCUAAUCAGCUGUUUUUCAUGUUAAAACAUAAAAAUCCUAUAUCAGAGUAAGAGUACUAAAGAAUAAGUGCAGAAUAUGCUUUAACCAUUGCCUGGCAUCUCCAGUACCAUGAAAGUGAUAUAUAAAAUUAUUUGAGACAACUAAGGCUGCAGUCCUGUGUACACUUACUUAGGAGAAAGUCCCAAUGAAUGCAAUGGGUCUUACUGCUCACUAAACAUGUAUAGGACUGUACAGUAAAUAAUGCACAUUAGAACCAUGUAAAUGAAAAUUGUAUGGGCAACUGUGUGUUGGAACAAAUCGUCCAUUCCUGCAGUUGAAUUCCCACCCUAUUCCACAACAAGCCCCAGAACUCUUUAACAUGGACUUGGAAGGCUAUCUCCCUAAGACUACACAGAAUGAUCACAUUACCAAAAACUGGGCUUUGUUUUAAAAUUUGCCUGGCUUGCUUUCUGGAAAAGCUCUGUAUGCUGAAAAUUAAAAUAUGCUCUAAUUAACUACUGUUUUUAAAAACAAAAUAAAAUAUUGGAAUAUUUAAGACAUGUUAUUUCUGCUAAUAUUACAAUAACCAUAUUAUAAUAAUGUGAAAUUAAAAACAAAUGGUGGCUCUGGGGCCAGUUC